UUCCGAAAUAGGCAUAUAUAAACGGAAUAUUGAAAGUCAAGUAUUUAGUUGAUCACAAUUGUUUACAGUUGUAGUAAUUACAUUUAUCGUGAUUAUAUAAAUAACAAAAUGACAGCAUUGAUCGGUUUGAUUCUGUGUUUGGCGACACUGUUGUGUUCUACACAUAGCGAAAACGAUUACAAUUGGUUAUUUACAACCCAAAAGAUUAUAGAAUAUCAUCCUGUCGCCAGUGUUAACACAGAGUCUACCACGACUCCGAUCCCGGUAAAUACGGGUUGUGGCUGGAGACAGGAUUCAGGUUCCGUAGACCGCAUCACACAGUCCAACAAUGCUAUGUUCGGAGAGUUCCCGUGGGUCGUUGCGAUUUUCAAAUAUUCAGCUGAGAAUGGCACCUACGACUACUGCUGCGUCGGCUCCCUGAUCCACCACAGAGUAGUUCUCACCGUCAAGCAUUACUUCAGGACCCCAGCCCGCAUCAGGAUCCACGCCGGAGACUGGGACAUCUCCAGCACCAACUACGAGAUACAUUACCACCAGAGCAGCGAUGUUAAAUCCAUCAUGGGACACCCCAAAUACAACCCAACUACAAAUGCAUAUGACGCAGCUCUACUGGUUUUGUCAACAUCUAUUAACUUGGCGCCCAACGUGGCGUUCGCGUGUCUGCCCCCUCCCGCGUCAUCCACCCCCGCCGGCGUCCGCUGCAUCGUCGCCGGUUGGGGGCAAGAGACUUACUACAAUGGUUCGAUACGGAACAUUCUAAAGAUGGUUGAUCCGCCGGUGGUAGAACACAGUGUUUGCGAAACGCAACUAAACGCUGUUUUGAAGAUGCAUGUUGACCUUCCGGACUCCAUGAUGUGCGCUGGUGGGGAGGCUGGCAUAGAUGCCUGUUUAAAGGAUGGGGGGGCACCGCUCGUGUGCCCCUAUCAGCUCUCUUAUUUGGUUUCCAUCGGUGAUGCAGACCCCAGCAUAUUUGGACUGAACUAUCCUAACAUUAAAGAUGAUAUUUACGAGCAACCGGUCAAUUUUAUGUCGUCCAAAUUACCACAUGAAAAGGUUGAAAACCAAAAAGAGUUCCGCAGCCGUCCGGGAGUGGACUCCUGGGCUCCGUACGACUUCUCCCGGUUCGAUGAUUAUCUGAACAAAUACAAGGAUGACAGCGCUGAGCACAACCGCAUUAAAAGGAGAGCUAAGAGGAGGAGAGGACGAGGCGGCCGGCGAAGAGGCAAGCAGAAGAGCACGACUACAGCUCCUGAUGAAAAUGAGGCAGCAAAGAACUCAUCAUCGACGGAUGUACCGAAGGCGUCGCGGCGCAGCGAAUACUGGGAAUCCCAACAAGGGAAAAGAAGGAAAAAAAAGGACAAGAAUGACAAGAGAACUUACGAUGUUUACGAGCCACCGAUGAAGGACUGGGAGUCUACGUACGUGGAGAUGCCUAAGGACUUGUACCAGGCGCACCUGCGGCCCGGCGUUAUAUUCCGCAUACACAUGUCCGAGGCGAUACUCAAGAUGCAAUACAGAAAUUACGGUGAAGACAAAGACGAGUCAGUGAUAGAAGCGGAUGUGGAAUACCUCCGUCUCACUCGGAAGGUGAUCAACGACGAGAUCACCAAGUUCGAGGAUCUGCGCUGGCUGGUGGGAUGGUUCAAUAACAGAUCGGAGCUGAUACAAGAGCACAUGUGCAAUACCAGAUACUUCUCCGUGGGAAUACCGCCCACCAUGUUUACUCACUCUGAAGAGUACAUGAAACGCAUGUGUUUGUUCGACAACGUGUACAUCGACCACAUACCGUACGUGAUCGGUGAAGAUAACUCGCUGAUGGCAGCGGUGGCGCCACCUGUGUUGCAUUGCGACGCUGCCACUUGUACUUCAGUACCUUUUAUCGACAGCAUGAUGUUUGACGAGCGUCUGUCCCGCACCAACGUGCGUACGGUGACGCGCUGCCAGGCGAGUUGCCGCGCGCACUGCAAGAACGACGCGGACUGCCUGAAGAGGUGCUCCGACAGGUGUCUGCGUGCUGACUGAUCGAUACAACGCAUUAAAUACAUUACUAAUGCA